AUGGAUCACAAAACUUUGUCUACGAGUAGGAAGCGUGCCCGAUCACCACAUGACAUACCCGAUCUGCCGACAGGUCCAACAAGGGAGAAGCGUCCACGGAUCAGGUCAACAUCUUCAGAAAUUCAAGUUCGCCAACCUUUUGACUCGCGCGCUGUGAGACUGGCCCGUGGUGAAUUGCUCCUCUUCGAACCUGAUACACCAAUCUGCUAUGCUUUCCAUUCUUGCGACGUGACUUUGAUCAAGGAGUCACUACACCUUGUACACACAGAAGAUCUACCCAUGGACCUCAACCUCGAGACCAUGACGUUCUCGCUUCCCAAACAUAUUGACGACGACGGUUUCGCGAUUCCUUGGCUCGUGUCACUGAUGACUUGCUUAGCAUGGUGUUUCCACGGGGCCGCUAUUCCAGACAUUCUCAUUGCAGAACCUGAGCUGGGUAUUGAGGAACCAUACGUCGCCGUCAACGAGGCAGAAGCACCAAGCCUCAGAUCAGACCUCCAUCCUGGUUUUACUGCGUCGCAAACAGAUGCAGAACUAUCGACCACAGCGAGUGACUUGGUACGUUUGUUCUUGAGAUUCGCUCAAGGCCUGCCUAGCACUGAACUGGCUACGGAGGAGCAGGCUAUUUUUGCUUUGGCAGACUUCCUGCACAACAGACCAGAUAAGUGCAAGAGUUGUGUUCUGUGGAGAGCAGCUUGGAAAGAGUGCCUGAUCAGAGUCUAUGGGAAGAUAGUUGCGAAGAUCAUGGUGAAGAAAAGGAAUUUCCAGCCUUCGUGUACGUCUUGA